ACGGAGCUGGCUCCCAGCCAGUGGCAGAAGCUUGAUGGGGAGGAACAAACGGAGCACGGAAAAAAAAAGAAAGAAAGAAAAAAAGCCAACAUGACUAACGGAUCGCGGAAGGGUGCGAGUCCUUAUGUGCUGGGAUCUCCCGGAAUGUAAGCGGAGGCAGCAGCAGCAGCCCCGGCGGCUCUUUCAGCCUCCGAGAGUUGGAUCUCCUUACUCCCAAAGCAGAUCUCUGCUGCUUUGGGGGGGGAAAGGGAAGGGUUAAGGAAGGAUAGAACAUGGCCUGCAUUUUGAAGCGCAAGACCAUUGUUGUAAUUGGCUUUGCAGUCGCUUUUCUAGUCGUCAUCAUUGCCCGCCUUACAAAUGAAGUCAACUUUCCUCUCAUGCUCAGCUGCUUUGGACAAUCCAGUGUCCAAUGGAUGCCAUUUUCCUAUACACAAAAACGACAUCUAAGGGCACACUAUGGAUACCUUAAUGUGAAAAACCAAGAGCCUCUGCAGCUGGAAUGUGAUCUCUGUGCCAUUAUUUCAAACUCAGGUCAGAUGACAGAACAGAAAGUAGGAUCUGAAAUUGACCAAGCUUCCUGUAUAUGGAGAAUGAAUAAUGCUCCCACCAAGGGCUAUGAAGAAGACGUUGGAAAAAGGACAACAAUAAGAGUUGUCUCCCAUACUAGUGUCCCUCUUUUGCUGAAGAAUGCAGACUACUUUUUCAAGGAAACCAAUAGUACAAUUUAUGUCAUCUGGGGACCUUUCCGAAAUAUGAGAAAAGAUGGAAGCGGCAUUGUAUAUAAUAUGCUGAAGAAGACUGUGGACAGUUAUCCUGAGGCCAAAAUCUAUGUGACCACUGAAAAACGCAUGAGCUACUGUGAUGAGAUAUUUAAAAAGGAAACUGGGAAAGAUCGAAUCCAGUCUGGCUCCUAUCUCAGCACUGGUUGGUUCACCUUAAUUCUAGCGAUGGAUGCCUGCUACAGAAUACAUGUCUACGGAAUGAUAAAUGACACCUACUGCAAGUCAGAAGGCUUUAGGAAAGUCCCAUAUCACUACUAUGAACCUGGGAGGAGUGAAUGCGAUGAAUACUUCCUUCAUGAAAAUGCACCCUAUGGAGGCCACAGGUUCAUCACAGAAAAGAAAGUAUUUGCCGAAUGGUCUAAGAAACAUACGAUAACAUUUACACACCCUAAUUGGACUUUGUCUUGAUGCUGGUUGUCUCAGACUUCCACAACAUAGGCCCUGGAUUUAUAUGACAAUCCUCCUUAGGUGAUAGCGCAGAAAGUGAUGAUUCUGCUGUGUGCUGUUUGUGUGUCUGUGUGUACUCAGCUGUGGAGGAUUCUUCUUCUUUCUCAUUUUAACUGGAUUUUUUUUUUCCUUAGAAGUUCAAUAUGGCCACAGCGUAUUUGCUAGAGGACUUCUGCUACGAGGGGAAAACACGAUCCUAUGCAAGCUCAGUGCUUUGGGUUCUGUGGAUAAUGUCUCUAGUACUUGAAUUUCAAUGAUAAAUGUUACUAUGAAAGCAACCCACCCACCUUUUGGGCAGUAACAGCCAGACAAAUCAGUCUUGUAAAUGUACAGUUUGCAUGGCUGCAGAUUUACUGCAAAUGAGCCACUUAGAGAUGUGCUAAGAAGAUCCUGAUUGCACUUGAUUUCUAUAAGAGGGCUGACUAGGUCUGAACUCAGAGACAAUCCAUAUGGCAGAAUGCCUCCAUCACCUCCAGGUGUUCUGACGUGGUCUCCAUUUUCUCAGCAUGUAUUUAUUUAAGUUAUAUCCCCUUUUUGGAGCACAACUAAGAAUGGAGUCUAAGUCCAGGUAUAUAGUUUUGGGCAAUGACAUUUCUUGUGAUCUCGAGCGAUUCUCAGUUCUCAAACAGUUACCUCACCAAGGGUGUUGUGAAGAGAAAUCAAUGCAGCUGCAGUGGGUUUUUUUUUAACCAAUCAAAUAUGCUUAUUUAUAUAUUUUUAUAUAAGUUCAUGGAUUCUUGGCACAUAUUCCUCCUUAUCUGCUAUUUAAGAAUACUAAACCCGUGUGUAUGAAAUCAUUUCUUUGAAACUCUACAGCGACAUUCCAACUCCAAAAGCUCGGUGUGGAUUAAUUUCUUCAAAAGAUUCUUUUUCGCAUAUUUUUCCCCCCUUUGAUGGUAAGAGAGCCUGGAAUGCUUAAUAGCUGCCCAUGUGUAAUUGAAGUGCUGCACGCCUUGUUUUAUCCAUGCCACAGAGAGCAUACAAAGCAUUCGAUCAUUUAAAUUCCAUUUUACUUAGAAAGAUUUAUUACAGAGAUAUAAGAUCUAAAAAGCAGGGAAGAAAGAAGUGACAGACAUUAUAGCGAAAUUUCAUUCUAUUUUUAAGUUAAGGAACCAUUUCAAUUUAUAUCAGAGGGGGUGUGUGUAAAACAGCUUAAAUAACGUCAAGUUCCAUAUCAUUUCUAAAAGUUCCUUUAAAAUCUGCAAAAUACUUGGAUAUCCUUACUGCAAUACUGUAAUCAUACUGCUAAAACUUGAAAAAAAAGGUGUAUUGAUCAUUUUUGUAUAAAAUGCUCAAAGAGGCUAAGUAUUGAACUCAUCCCACAUUUUGUAUUGCUUUGCUGAAUCAUGAAAAGGCGAUAGCAAAGUCAUAUUUUUUUACAUAUUAAAAAGUUUGUAUAAGGA